GCCGCGCCCCCCUCAGAUAAACCCCUCCGUGGGCGAGGAAAGUCAGCAAAAAAGGCUGGAAACUCCUGAGCUUUUUCCCACCGCUUUUCGUGGAACUCUUACCCGCACGCCCGCUGAAGUCGCUCCGCUCUCCACCGAGGAGGGACCGUCGCGCCGCGGGGAAGUACAAGCUAUUCUAUCCGCCCUCGGAGCACUUUCCCCCGGACGAUUUUUCCUGCUUUGACUGGAGUGCUGACUUCCUGUAAGCAGGCCCGGAGAGGGGCAAGACGGAAAAAGAGGCUUUUCCGUCCACUUCCAAAUAUUGUCCGUAUAUUGGAGGCCGCCAGCUCGGAACAAUGGCCAAGAGAUGCGCCCUCGCCUUGUUACUUCUUGCUGCGUGCGGCUUGGGGUCUGCAGGACCGUUGUUUCGCAGCCCCUGCGAGUUGCUGCCGGUGGGCGCCGGCCACCCAGUGCAAGCCAUGAGUAAAAGCUUCACUGCGCUGUCGGGUUGCGCAAGCCGGGGCACUGCCGGGCUCCCGCAAGAAGUCCACGUGGUCAACCUAAGAGGCGCCGCGCCCCCUCAGAGACCUGGAGGCAGCCCUGCAGAGGUGGAGCUGCACCUGAAGCCCAUCCAGUCACUGCUGCGCCACCAGAAGCCUCUCGUGUUCAUUCUCAACUCCGCAGAUGCACUUGCGUGGAAGGUGAAAACGGAGAAUCUCGACUCAGGCGUCCGGCGCACCUUUCACGUACCCGAGGGCUCGGAGGUUCGUUUCCAGCAGGGAAACUUUUCGCUCUCCUGCCAGGUCCAAAAGGAGCUCCUGCUUCCCCACGGCAACGAGCACCUCCUCGGCUGGGCCCAAAAGGCGUAUGGGGCCGUCACCUCCUUCUCCGAACUCAGGAUGACUCAAGAUAUCUACAUCAAAGUCGGAGAAGAUCCUCUUUUCUCUGACACGUGCAAAAUCGAUAACAAGUUCCUGUCCUUGAACUACUUGGGCGGCUACAUGGAGCCUCAACCAUCCAAGGGCUGCGUCGUGUCUGCCGCCCACCACGACCAGGAGGUUCACGUCGUCGAACUGCAGGCGCCCAACUCCAGCAGCGCGUUCCAAGUGGAGGUGGUUGUGGAACUGCGACCGCUGGAGGACGACGCGCCGCUCCACCGUGACGUGGUUCUGCUACUCAAAUGUGCCAAGUCUGUCAACUGGGUCAUCAGGUCCCACAAUGUGGUGGGCAAGCUCACAAUUGUGGCUUCCGACAGCGUGAGCGUGAGUUCUGGUACCGAGAGGCUAAUGCAAGUGUCCAAAUCCCCCAAGCAGCGCUUACCGUCCGGGCCGCAAGCGUUGAUCCAGUGGGCCGAGGAGAACCGCUACGGCCCGGUCACCAGCUACACCAACACACCAGUGGCUAACCACUUCAACGUGUGGCUCAGAGAACAAGACAUGUUAGAUCACGCACAAAGCAUGUUGCCGCCAGAGCUAGCUAUUCUGCACAAUUUCGGGCCUCCCCAAGGCGGACGGAGCGAGGGCUCGCCACUUCGCCCGGGUCUGCCCUUCCCGUUCUCUCCGCCCAUGUCCGGCCUGCCCUCCCUGUUGGAUGAGCGUCCCUGGGAGAAGACUGAACCCGAAGAGCACCGGGCCGUCGUCAGUGUAGGUCUCGCCGUGCAGUGCCAGGACGCCAAGAUGGUGGUCAGCAUCAGCAAGGAGAGCCUACAAGCCAACGGUUUUGCACAAGCCAACCUUACGCUACAAGACCCAGAAUGCAAAGCGGCAGUCAACGCCACCCACUACACACUGGAGACGCCGCCGAACGGGUGCCAGACAACUGUGUACCCCUUGUUGGGAACUUCCAAUGCACUUCACAUUAACACUGUCUUGAUAAGUCACGGCGAAUCCAAAGACGGGAGCGGCGGCCCGCUGGAGUACGACGACCAAGAUUCCGCAGAGGUCGUCUUCCCUAGGGAGGCUGCCGGCCUGGAAAGGUCGCCGUCCAGAGAUCAUCCGGCAAUAAUAUCGUUUAACUGCACAUACCAACAGGAAAACAGAAAACGUCCGAACUUGCCCCCCAAGAAGGUCCCGGGAAGCGGCGCUGCUGGUCCAGUGGAAAUGACGUUCAACAUGGACUUUUACGACGCGCCGCCUUCCGGUCAGCCGUCCCGUCAGGCAUUCAACACCGUCUUGCAGAACCAGAUGGUUUUCGUGGAGAUCACGUCGACGUCGUCCUCCGUGAACUUGGGCUUCAACAUCCUCUCGUGCUUCGUUUCUCCCGAUGCCGACCCCGGCGUGAAGUCGUCCUACUCGCUGAUCGAGACGGUCUGCCCCACUGACGACUCGCUACGUUUCCGUCCCGACGCCAGGACGGACAAGAGAAGCUUCAGCUUCACGUUCAACUCGGAUUUGAAUGCGUCGCGGCUGUUCCUGCACUGCAAGAUGGCGCCGUGUGGUCAACGCGCUCCUGGACUCGCACCGUGCGUGGAUGCUACCUUACCGUGCGACUCUCUGCGGGUGGACCAAAUCCUUGACAUGAUGAUGAACGCGAGGACCAGCAGCAAAGCGCUCAUCCUGCUGGACGGAGAACGCUCAACAGAUACACCAUCAAAACCAGGCCCGGAUGAUCCAACCAAUAAAAAACCGUCAGCGCACUUGCUGGACACACCGACGGUGGUGGGAAUCGCCUUCGCCGCCUUCGCCAUCGGCGCUCUACUGACCGGAGCGCUUUGGUUCAUCUACUCGCACACAGGAGGAACCGCUGCAGUGUCGGCAGCUAGCGGAAUGACCAAGGAGGUCCAAAAAUGUCCGCCCGCCUCAGAAAACAGUAGCGCCGGCCACAGCAUCGGCAGCACGCAAAGUACGCCCUGCUCCAGUAGCAGUACGGCGUAGCGGACGCAACCGACCCGGGUUGGACCACCGCCUGGGUCCCAAAGACUAAAAAACUCGGGGUGCCGUGACACCUGGGAUGGCGCGACCUCAUCCUGGUCGUGGUGGGAUUUUCUACCUUCUUUUACGCUACAUGUCUGAAAGUUUUCAACAAAAAAUAUGGCCCCUGACAUUACUCAUUUCAUCCAGAGUCUAGGAUUGAAAAUGGCCGACAUUCAGUCAGCCAUUAUGUUUUAAAAUGGUCCAUUUCAAGUGGUUAGCAUUGGAUUUUUAUGACCAUUUUGGUAUUUGUUACGAAAAGAAAUGUGGGAAUUAGUUCAAAUAAUCGAACUUUAUUUUACAAGAAAAAUAGGUGGCGCUAAAUUGCGAAGCUAGCGUAGCGUAAACGAGAAAAUUUCCAAUGAUGAGUUAACCGGGGGCGCGAUCAGAACAGAACCACUACCAGUCUUGAAAAAUGGUUUUAAACGUGGUAUGUAAAGAAAGCUAUCAGUUUUGAAUGUAAACGUUAAAGUUUGAAAACGCCAAAAAAUGUGAACGACAAAUGUGAAAACAUACUGAUGAGAAAAGAACAGUUUCAUACGUCUUUUUGUUUUGUUUUUACUUUUACGCCAUUUGUAAACAAGUGCCUUUGAUGCAGUAGUAUUAAGCUAAGCUAAGUUAGGCUAGCUAAAUUUAUUACGAGUUUAUUUUUCUAAUCUUCUCGUUGUGUUCUGGAAAAAAGCAAAAACAGGCUAAAUUUUUUUUUAAGCUACGUUUUGUACUGUACAUUUAUGUAAAUAUUGUAAAUAAAUGUUCAAAUGUUGAAUACGAUGCUGACGUGUUAGCGAUGUAGCAUAUCACAUCUGUUACGGGACGUCCUUUUUCGUAAGUGGACGUGUUUGCAGAUUGCCAGUGAAAAUCCUGUUAGGACAAUUUGAUUGGCUGAUGAUAAAGACUAUGGGUGUGACAAAAGACUGUUUUUUAAUAUUUUAAUGGAUGUCUACCGCCGUCAAUGGCAGCUAGUGAGGUAACGUAGACAUUAUUCUAAUAGAUUUGUGUAGCAAUUUGUUGGUCACACCUUUUUAAAAUGAUAUAUCGAGUCUCGGCGGUUGCAUAUCGAUAACCUUUUAGGCUAGAAAGUAUCGCAAUAUAUCACAAUUUGAAAUACUGUCACAGUCAAGGUGUGACCAACAGGUUGCUACCAAAAUCUUCUAUUAGAAUAAUGUCUACGUUAGCUCACUGGCCGCCAUUGACGGCGGUACACAUCCGAUUAAAACAUUAGAAAACAGUCUUUAAAGUUGAGAGGAUUGUUUUUCUUUUGGGUUAAAUCCUAUUGAUUUUGAGUCACUUCCUCUUCAUUUGGGGUCAUUCCCGGGUCACUUCCUGUUCAUUACUCCAAAAUCAACGGGAAAUGACCCGUAAAUGAACCGAAAUGAAGAGGAAGUGACCCAGAAAUGCCUCAAAAUUACCAGCAACAACAGCACUUCGGAACAUUACCGAGUCACUUCCUGUAAAGUAACCCUAAAUAAACAACAAAUAACCUGUGGAUGCCCCAGAUUCAAUGGGAAGUCACCCAAAAAUGGGAGGCGUUCAGGAGGCAUCCGAACCAGAUGCCCGAGCCACCUCAGCUGGCUCCCACCAACGCGGAGGAGUAGUGGUCCGACCUCCAGCUACUUAAGCUGACAUUUACAGGCUACUUCCUGUCAAUUUUGAGUCACUUCCUAUUUUUUUAGGGACAUUCUUGAGUUUCGUCCUUUUCAGUCACCCAAAAUCAUCAGGAAGUGACCCGUAAAUGCCCCAAAAGGAAAAGGAAGUGAACGAAAAUCAAUAGAAAAUGACAUGAAAUGCCCCAAAAUGAACUCAUUGCCUGGCUUUGGCCUUACAGGUAACUUCCUGUUCAUUUUAGGGCAUAUACAGGUUACUUCCUGUUGAUUUUGAGUCACUUCCUUUUCAUUUUGGGACAUUCUUGAGUCACUUCCUUUUCAGUAAACUAAAAUCAACAGGAAAUUUUCUGAAUAUUUGCACCAUUUUUUUUUUACUUUUCAAAUGUAAACAUGUAUAAAGAGGAGAAAUAUAUAGUACAUAUACAUAUUUGUGUAUAAAAUUAUAUUUUGGAAUAUAUUUAGCCAGAGGAAUUUUAUAGUGGUAUGUCCAAGUACUGUGAAUUGCGAUCAUUACUUUUUAUGAGGGAUUUCUUAUUUGUAUUUUUAUGCAUUUUGAUUGUCAUUCUUUGUAACCAGGAUGUAAAUUGUAUAAAAAAAAAAAUUUUGUUUGUUUGUUUUGUUCUUUAACUUUUCUAUAUUUCCAUGUACAAACUGUUACAAAGCCAAAAAUAAAUA